AUGUCCGCUGCUUCUGCUGAGGGCGCAAGUAGUGCUUGUGUUUGUGAGGUUCCCACGCCUCCACCAGCUGACUACGUGGAAACGCAGCAGUCCCUUGAUGCCUUGCUGCAGAAGGAGGCAGAUAUGCGUGUGAAACGACGUGAAGAAGAAAAAGAGCGUGAACAGCAACAACUCGGAAAGGGAAAGAAUAGAAUGGCGGCGGUGUUAGAUGCUUUCCCGUAUUGUUCUGCAUUUGCACCACCUGGAAUUGUUCCCAUUGAUACUUCCCCACGACCACUGUUUAUGUCAAAUGACGAGCAAAUUUCUCGUCUUCGGGCACAAAUUCAAAAAGAACAGCAGGAAGCUGCUGAAAAAGAUGCGGCAAUGGAGGAGGCACAGUUGGUUGCGCUCGAACUCAAAUGUAUGUUUUUACAAGGAAAACCCUGA